AUGGGAGGGGGAGAAUCUGUGAACAUGAUGAUUUGUUCUUUUCCUAUCAGUCGGAACUCGUGAUGAUGUGAGAGUUCUCCAGUCGGAGAACGCUGCUGCUGUAACCACGACAACGCUUCCACUCGGGCCAUUGUGAUGUCACAGAGCCACACGGCGGCGCGGAAUCGUGCUGGGCGACACCUGUGCGCGCGCUCUCUCACUCUCACACACACACACACACACACACACACACACACACACACACACGCAGAAAGAGAAAGGGGCUGUGGUCAGUUUGAUCAUUGCUCCUCGCCAUAGGUAAUGUCUGGGAAUAAAAUCAUGAAAUUGGACACAGAGACGCGCUUUCGGAGCUCCGCCCCUAAAUAACAUCAUCAUCAUCAUCAUAGACGGAGAGAAAUAACUGGAGGGCACGAGAGAGGACGCACGCGGACUGUCAACCUGCUGCACGCGCCGCACCGAACCGUCGCGUUCAUCCAUCACCUCUGAAUGCUAAUAUGAGGAAGCCUCUGGUGUGCUGAAGGACAUCUGGAUUCCACAGAUUUAUUGUACAAGUAGCAUUCUCAGCAUGCGCCAAGCCCAACCGUAACGUAACAAGAGAGCACAUGAGCGUUGAAGCAGAGAGAAUGGUCAUGGCCUCCGACGUGCAGCACCGUCAGAUUGUCUGUGCCCGCCAGCGCUUGUGGAGAAAACUCAGGCCUGCACGGGUGAUCGGCCUCCUCAUCAGUCUGGUAGCAAUAAGUGCAUUGGCCUUCUCAUGGCACUCUACUGCUCAGUGGGAGGGGCUACAGAGCCACGCUCCACACAGGACACUGCUAUCCACACACCUGAGUUACCACAGUAACCUCUCAGAGGACACGCCCAUAGCCAUGCGCUCGUCCGCAGAGACAAACGAGAGUCAAGGGGACUAUCCGACUGACCUGUUCAGCCUGGAGGACCGUCGGCGCGGCGCUGUCGUGUUACACAUGUUCGGCAUGAUCUACAUGUUCAUUGCACUCGCCAUCGUUUGCGAUGAGUUUUUUGUCCCUGCGCUCACGGUCAUCACAGAGAAACUCAAGAUCUCAGAUGAUGUGGCAGGCGCCACCUUCAUGGCGGCUGGGGGCUCGGCUCCUGAGCUCUUCACCUCUGUCAUUGGCGUAUUCAUUUCCCACAGCAACGUGGGCAUCGGAACCAUUGUCGGCUCCGCAGUGUUCAACAUCUUGUUCGUUAUUGGAAUGUGUGCUGUGUUCUCGAGAGAGAUCCUGAACCUGACAUGGUGGCCUCUUUUCAGAGACGUCUCCUUCUACAUCAUCGGCCUCAUCAUGCUCAUAGUUUUCUUCCUGGAUAACUACAUCACGUACUGGGAAAGUAUCAGCCUGCUGCUUGCCUAUGCCACCUAUGUGGUCUUUAUGAAGUUCAAUGGGACGGUAGAGACUUUCGUCAAGGGCAUCGUAAACAGAAACCAGGUGGUGGAAGUGGAGGCCCAGCCAAAGUUGAGCCCUAGUGGAGUGGAGGAUGACAGCAAACUGUCGGCCAAACCACGACUGCAGAGAGGAGGAAGCUCCGCCUCUUUACACAACAGCCUAAUGAGGAACAGCAUCUUUCAGCUGAUGAUCCACACACUUGACCCUCUCAGUGAAGAAUUUGCUGACUCUGAGCUGGGGACUUAUGGCAAGCUAAAAUAUUAUCACUCAAUGAACGAGGAAGGAAAAUUCCGUGAGAAGGCAUCCAUCCUUCACAAAAUUGCCAAAAAGAAAUGCCAGGUGGAAGACUCAAAUGGAGUUGCUGAUAAAAAUCUGCCAAACAGCUCCAGCGUCGAGGUGGACAUGACUCCACCAAUGAAUGGCACCACUGGACAGGAUGGUGAUGCGGGUGAAGAAGAUGACGAGGAGGAUCAGCCUCUUAGCCUGUCGUGGCCAGAGACCGGCCGCAAGCGUUUCACGUAUCUCAUCAUCCUUCCCAUAGUCUUCCCUUUGUGGAUAACUCUGCCAGACGUCAGGAAGGCUAGUUCAAAGAAGUUUUUUCCCAUUUCAUUUCUGGGGUCAAUUUGCUGGAUUGCAGCAUUCUCCUACUUGAUGGUCUGGUGGGCUCAUCAGGUUGGAGAGACUAUAGGAAUCACAGAGGAAAUCAUGGGCCUGACAAUUCUUGCGGCUGGAACCUCAAUCCCUGACCUUAUUACCAGUGUCAUUGUGGCCCGCAAGGGUCUGGGCGACAUGGCCGUGUCUAGCUCUGUGGGCUCUAACAUUUUCGACAUUACUGUGGGGUUACCAUUCCCAUGGCUUCUGUACUCCUUUAUAAACAGUAUGAGCCCAGUUAGGGUGAGUAGUAACGGCCUGUUCUGUGCCAUCGUGCUACUCUUCCUCAUGCUCAUCUUCGUCAUCAUCUCCAUUGCCGCCUGUAAGUGGAAAAUGAGCAAAAUGCUGGGCUUCAUCAUGUUCCUGCUCUAUAUCGUCUUCCUGGUGGUCAGCGUCUUGUUGGAGGACAAGGUCAUCGUCUGCCCCAUCUCUAUCUAAAGUCUGGUCUCAUUUACACACACACACACACACACACACACACACCACACACACACACACACAAGCUAAAAUCAUACCUGCUGACUUUACCACACCUCUAUAGUGAUUUAUUUACUUAUGACCUUAUGACACUUAAGAGUUUCCGGCCUGUGUGCGUUUAUGGGGAUUUACACACUUAAAAAAAGGUUUUAAUAUUAAUAUUUUUCUUGUUUUCCAAUAAAAAUAUCUAAAUAUCCUUAAGAUAACUGAACUGUCUGCUUGUUUUCAGAGAAUAUAUCUUGACUUAAGUUUUUUCUUAUUUCUUAUUUUUUCUUCUUGUUUUAAGAAUAAACAUUGUUAAAUUUUUCAUAAAACAAAUAUAUAUAUAUAAAACCUCAGCUUUUUAUAGAUUUAUUUAUUUAUUUUCAAACAACAUGCAAGUUCAGUUCACAGCGGUUCGAGAUCCAAAGAGCAACACGGAUGGAGCUCUCCGAAUGAUCUCUGAUUAUUUCUUCACUGGCACGUCAGUGUUUAAUCACUCUGUAGGGAGCACUAAGGAUUUAUAACCAGACAGAUGCUGUGAUUAUUGCAGCCAGCGUUUGGUCAUUUCUCAGUCUCUGUAGGCCGUUUGUUCAUGCUGUGAAUGUGCUGCACUUUUGACUAAUAGCUGGUCUGGAGCAAUCAUUCCUUGAUAUAACUGAUAUAUUCUUCAAAUUGUUUUCACUUUGCAUGAGCUAAUUGGCCAUUGUUCAUUUUCUGAUUUUUAAAAAUUCUUUCUAUUAUGUUUGUAUACUAUACACACAUGUUGAGAACAUAAGAAAACUUUAUAGUGGUGGUGGUAGUAAAUAGAAGUAGAAUGUAUUCUGCACGUUUGACAAUGCCUGUGUUUUAAUUUUCUUUAUAUACAUAAUAUUAUUCACAUCAUAUAACUAAUGAUGCACCCAGCCAGCAGAUCCAUUCAGCUUUAUGAUAUAGCAAAUAAACAAACAAACAAAAAAGUUUAUUUAAUGUUUAUUUUUUUAUGAAAUGUAAUUAUUUUAAUCACAAUGGUAUGCAAAAUUAAACUUACCCCAAAACGGAAGAAGUCUGUAAACCAUUACCUCCCUAGGUUUAAUAAAAUGACAGACAAAGAUUGACUGAUGGUGUAUUUAAGAAGCAGUGGAGGUAUUUAUUCAUGGUAUCUUGAAUGUUGUUAAAGCAAAAAAACUAGAAAAAAACAACAACAACUUCAGAAAUAAUAAGGCUCUCUUGUUUCAGUUCAUGUUGAAAAUCUGUAAAAUGUACUGGCUGCCACUUGUCUCUAUUGGAAACAGUGGCAAAUAAUAUUGUAAGGUUUUUUUUUUUUUCUGGAUCCAGGAUGCCAAUCUGGAUUUAUUUAUUUAUUCCUGAUUAUUUAUAGGAUAUUAAUUUAUGUAUUUAUUUAUGUUUUUGUUUUGUUUUUUACAUUUUGCCUGUGUGUCAAGAGGCCAAAGUAGCCAGAUGAAAACUAGGCUACACUGAAUUUUGAACAUAUUGUUUAAGCUGAUAUGUCAUCCUCCCUCUGUGGACAGUUUUAAUCCUUUUAUUUCAGGAAAUGACAAAUGAGCAAAAUGACUGCAUGUUGCAUCCCCAAGCAUACAAAAAUCUUUAUUAUUCACUCAUUUAUAGAAAAAUCGUGUUAAAUAAUAUUAUAAACACGAUGGAAAUGUGUAGAUGCUUAGGCCUAUAGUCUGUAGUUAAGUGUAAAAGAAAAAAAACUAGAAAACAUUAGACAUAUAUCACUCCUAACUGCUGAAACGACGAACGUGCAGUGAUUUCCCUAAAUAGUCGGCAUAGCACAAUCCCUGUAUUUGGACUGGAAAUCAGCAAAUUACGAGAUGGUAAAGUAGGCAGAAUUUCAAAUGCAUGCAUGAAAAUGUGUAGCCUAAUUCAAGAUGUGCUCAUUGCUUUACUGUAAGGUUCAAAGACCAACUAUUUGCAUAAUGAUUUUGCUUGACAAAUAGUUUGGUAACGAAAGAGUAAUGUGCUAGCACUGUCUUAAGUUAUUCUAGAUGAGUAAAAACUGAAGAAUUUAUGAGUAGCGCAAUCCAUGUUACCACUAAGGGUGCUUAGGACUCUUAUCUUUGUAAUCUGUACAGACACAUGCUAAUAUGUAGGUACAUAGGCUACUAAUAGCGCAGAACUCGUUGAUAGAGAAUAUUCACAUAACACAUAGGUUACUGUACACUAGUAUAAAACUUCUUCCAAAUAGUGAUUUUAUUUGUGGAGGCAGACGUUUCAUUUGUAUGAAGAAGUAAGCUAAAUGUUGGCUUGACAGAAGUCUGAACGCAGAUGCAUACAGGCAUCUUUAGCAAAUACUGCCCUCUAGUGUGUAAUAAGACUUUAUUUUUGUAUGAAUCUAACUUACAAAUCUAAACAAAGUUAUAUGUUUACCUUUCGUUCAGUGUUUACUCCACCAAUGCCUGUUGCUGUAUCUAUUGAGCAGACAAACACAUGCACUGAAAUGCUUCUCUUUUGCUGUAUAGGGCGUACUAAUUUUUUUCUUUUUGAAAAAGAAGAAAGUACAAUAUCCCUGUCAGCCCAAUAUGUUAAGAACAUCAUAUUUCUCCCUUUAGCUGAAACGACCUUAUUUUACAAUGCAGAAGUAGGCUAUUUUCCCUUUUCUGUGAACGUGCAGACUUCCGAUUCAUAGCCACUUAAUAACUCAAAUAAUUAUUAGUACAAUAAAUGGCAACUAUUUACGCUACAAACCAGUGUGUGUAUAAUUAUGACAAUAUAUUAAAAUAAUAUGGUAAGAAAUACCAGUUUGCCAUAUCAAGCAGCAUAACGAGCUGUUUUGAUACAGCUAAAAAUAAGUGGAAGCUGAUGACACCGGAAGCCUGUCACAUUCAGUUUACAAAUGGCCACUCUUAAAAAUAAGGUGGAUAACAACUCUUAGAUUGCUGGAUGUAUCUUUCCAUUUCAGCGGUCUUCUUGUUAAAUCUGGAAAGGACUGUAAGGAUUUUCUUUUCCGAACCAAUAAAGUGUAUUUCAGCCGUUCUGGACUGACAACAUGAAAUUAACGUGUGAAUGUGCAUUAAAUAUAUGAAUGUGGAGAUAUUGAGCUGAAUUAAUGCUAUUUAUGAUAUUUAUUAAAAGAAUAAACAUAGAAAAAGUUCAAAUGUUCAAACAAUGAAAGGUUUUUAAUAAUGAUAAUAAUAAAACAUGAUGAAUAUAAAAGGAAAUGUAACUGAUUAAAGCAAUGUAGCUGUUUCUAGGUAUUCAAAAAUGUGUUUUAUUCAAAUGUUUAGCCUACUCAUUUUCCCCCAAAUAUUAAAACUCAAAUUUAUGUAUCAGUAGUAGUUUUCUAACCUAACUUGUUACACCAUAAUAUUUAUUUUCCUCUUUGACAUCUGCCUUUUGUAAUUUUUUUGUAUUUUAUUUUAUAUAUGUGUUUUGUCUUAUAAGAGGGCUGUAGAAAUACACACUAUUCAAGUGCCCCUGCUUUAUCCUGUUCCAUGCUUUCUGGCAGGGUAAGGACUAUUUUCAUUUUUAUUUUUGUUUUGUGUCAAACAUAGCAUCUUUGCAUAAUUAUGUGUCUGUUUAUUUAGCCUAUUGUUUAUUUGCUCUGAAUGAGGCUGAAGCUGAAUGCUUGGCCUGAAUUUACAAAAAUCUGGAGAUAAUCUUCACUAUUUUUAGACUUUAAAGUAGUGAAAUUGUUAAUUGUGUUCACUUGUUCUCUUUCUGGCCCCUGUCUCUGUCUCCACUGUUGUCUUUCUUUCUUCAUAAAACUGCACUUUUGUACUGAAUCAAGAGAUUCACGCCUAGUUAUAGACAUGGCAUGUCAACAAUCACUCCAUCACUCAGUGUUUAAUGUUCCAUUUCACUAGUGUUCACAUGAGUCAUUUCGAAUGUACAUAUACACAGAUACUAAUAAAAUCAGAAUAUAGAGAAACUGUUUAUGUAAAUGCAAAGUAUGUCUAAUAAAAGAAAUAAAGGCAAAUAUAAGGGCAGAUUUUCUGUGGUGAAUGAAGUUUUUCAUGAAAUUAGCAACUGCAAAGAUGUGAAAUAAAGUUGAAACUCACUCACCAA